ACUUCCUUCCUCUGAAAUGCGAUGCGUGUGGGGAAGUCUUCUGCAAAGACCAUAUCCGUUACGAUGACCACACGUGUAGCUCAGCCUACAAGAAAAAUGUGCAGGUUCCAGUGUGUCCGCUCUGCAACGCACCUAUACCAGUUCAGAAGGGGGAAAUACCAGAUAUUGUGGUUGGAGCCCACAUGGAUACAGACUGCAAAUACAAUCCAGCACAGCAGAAGCAGAGGAUCUUCACAAACAAGUGCUUGAAGCCAGGCUGCAAAAGGAAGGAGAUGAUGAAGGUACUCUGUGAACAGUGCGGUGGCAACUUCUGCAUAAAACAUCGGCAUCCUCUGGAUCACGACUGUAAAGGGAGCAACCGCCCCACCUCCAAGGCAGGGUAUGCUGCAUUUAUGAUACUUUGA